AAGCUAUUUGGCAGUCGUUCGUGCUGUAUCAGUGCUUUUAACAUCUAGUGAUUCAGACAGAGUACAGCUGGGAAUAAUUCCUCUGUCCAGACAGUGAUACAGAAGUGAAUUAUUUUUUAGUUUUAAUUUUUGUAAUUAGUGAAAAUUGUGACUAAUUAGUUGUUAAACAGUGGGUAAUUGAACAGCAAAUAACAAAUAGUUGUCGUUAUAUUUAAGGACUCUCCGUUUUGUCAAUUUUACCGUUCGUGUAACAUCGUUUGCUGGAAGCAAUUCAGUGUAAAAAUAAUGGCUUCAAGAUAAAAUGUGUUACACUUUGGAUACUUUAUAAGUUCAUCUCACUUUUUCACUGCAUCCUUCAAAUAGACCGUUAGGAACCAUGCAUAUAGUAGGAGGAUUGAAGGAUCGUACCAGCAACCUCUUUUCCGGAGGGAUGCAACGGUUCGAUCACUUGGAUUCGCGGAAACAAGGAUAUGGACAAAUGGAUGGUGGACACGAAUACGGUCUCGACGAACGGGAAUCACCGGCCUCAUUCGACGAAAUCGAAAGGCCACCACUUCGUCAUGUCGAUAAAUAUAUUCGUGCCGAAUUGCCAUGUUUGUCGGCUAGGUAUACGGUAGCGGUGAUGACUUCUUUAGGAUUCAUAAUAUCAUUUGGAAUUAGAUGCAAUUUGAGUAUGGCCAAAUUGUCGCUUAGCGAUGAGAAAAAUGCAGAAAUGAAUUUCAACAAAACAAUAGGCCAUGGAGUUAAAAAAGAAGUCUGGUCAGCGAACUGGGCGAGUGCCAUAGACUCGUCCUUUUUCUGGGGUUAUCUAGUCACGCAAAUACCGGGCGGUUUUCUCGCCUCAUUCUUCCCGUCAAAUCGAAUAUUUGGUGCUGCUAUCAUCGGAUCGUCGAUCUGUAAUUUAUUCAUCCCUUUAGCAAUUGACGUUAGCAAGUACAUUCUGAUUAUGGUGCGAGUUGUCCAAGGUUUAGUUGAGGGAGUCACUUAUCCAGCCUGUCACGGAAUCUGGAGAUUCUGGGCACCACCACUUGAGAGAUCUAGACUUGCCACAAUAGCCUUCAGUGGUUCUUACGCAGGUAUCGUAAUUGGUCUUCCGGUUUCUGGAUACCUAGCCCACCUGAACUGGAAAGCACCAUUUUAUUUCUAUAGUAUAGUCGGAAUGUUAUGGUAUGCAGCGUUUUUAUGGCUAGUGUUUGAAAAACCCCGAAAACAUCCCACAAUAGACGUGUUCGAAUUGAAGUACAUAGAAAAAUCUUUAGGUGAAUCCGUACAGCAAGCAAUGCCAACAAUAGCCACAACACCAUGGCAUGACAUCGUUCGAUCGAAACCAGUUAUCGCAAUUGUUGUCGCAAAUUUCUGCAGAUCGUGGAAUUUCUACAUGUUGGUGUUGUAUCAAAGCGCAUAUCUAAAGGAAGUUUUUGGUUACGAUACGGCCGAGGCUGGACUGGUGGGUGCAUUGCCGCAUUUACUGAUGACAAUCAUUGUACCCUUCGGUGGCAUGUUGGCCGAUCACUUAAGAAAAUCUGGAACGAUGACCACAACGAAUGUGAGAAAAUUAUUCAAUUGCGGCGGUUUUGGAUUGGAAGGAUUCUUCUUCCUACUAGUGGCUCUUUCGAAUACAUCGGGAAAAGCACUGACAGCUCUGACGCUUGGUGUAGCGUUCAGUGGUUUUGCUAUCUCCGGUUACAACGUCAAUCACUUGGACAUUGCACCGCGAUACGCCAGUAUUCUAAUGGGUAUAUCGAAUGGCAUAGGAACAUUAGCUGGCUUAAUAUGCCCUAUUGCCAUCGAUCACAUCGUAGAAGAUAAGAAACCGAUGAGUUGGUCUAUCGUAUUCACCAUAGCUGCCUGUGUUCACUUAUUUGGUAUAACAUUUUACGGAAUUUAUGCAUCCGGCGAACUUCAAUAUUGGGCCGAGCCACCAGUUGACGAGAAACAAGUCUGGAGUCCUACGAAAGCAGAAAUAACCAAAGAAACUGCCUUUAAUGAACCUCAAGCGGACACACAAAUAAACAAACCGACAAUUAAUUAUGGGGCAACGCAACCAAAUCCAACCAACCCCUUUGCCUAUGCCAGUUCAAUGCUCGAACAGCAAGCUGUGCAGCCCGAGGCGAAAGACACGUAUCUUCAUGGAACAGCUGAAGAUCGAACGUAUUGAAUACGUAAUAGAUAAAAUGAUAUGUAAUUGCACGACAUAGUAACGUGAACAUCAGGCAGGGACGGUUCAUUUUUCGAAAGUCAAUAAUUGGGGAUCUAGUGAUAGAAGGAGGUGAAUGCGAUUAAUUUGAAGUGAGAGGAAAUUCGGAUCAUAUUCCAUUUUUAUUGUGGUGCUUCAACCCUUCAACUUGGUGCUUACCUAUGGGUAAAUGCGCUGAAUUGAAAAUAAAACUCAAAUGUAAUAGAUUUUCGUAUACGAUCCUAUAGAUCGAUUCAGUGGGCAAAACUAUAGCAAUAGCUGAGUGCAUUCUAUUGCUUGAAAUGAAUAAAAAUUAACUAACUAAUUACUAGAUGUCAGCGCUCUAUUUUUUGUGAACCAACUUCACUGCUCUGGAAUUUCAUGGAAAUUUAGCAUUGCGAAGUUUUUUCACCAGGAAAUAGAUCGAAAAGAAUGAAGUACUGAAAAAAGUGGCGGUGCCUCUACACAAUAAAUGUAAAGACCAGGUCCGUAACCAGGUCCCUCUUGUAAUCGACCACUCGUGCCUGUGCCCGUACUAUGUCGUGGAAGUUCCUAAUUGAACAAUUACAUAUAAAACAUCUCCAAUGAGCAACGCAAGAAUGGACAAGAAAAACAUAUUACUAAUUUUAACAUAAAUGUACAUUUAAGGUAAAAAAUUAUUUUAGGAAUAAAAUUGUUUUACAAUAAAUAGAAA